AUGUCAGAUUACGAAGAUAAUGCAUUCAAUGAGGUAGCAGAGAAUUAUGAAGAUUUUGAUGCACCAGAUCAUUUUUCAGAUAAUGAAUAUGAGGAACCAAAUGGAGAAGAUGUACAAUUAAAAACAGAUGAUGGAAGAACAAUAAUAAAUGGAGGUUUGGGACCAGAUGAUGCAAAUAAUGCACAACAACAACAAUCACGUAAGAAAACAGUUAGAGAACUAGCUAUACCGAAAGACAAAAGAACUACAACACCAUAUAUGACCAAAUAUGAAAGAGCAAGAAUAUUAGGUACUAGAGCUUUACAAAUUUCAUUAAAUGCACCUGUUUUAGUUGAUAUUGAAGGUGAAACUGAUCCUUUACAGAUUGCAAUGAAAGAGUUAGCUCAAAGAAAAAUACCAUUAGUUAUAAGGAGAUACUUACCAGAUGGAUCAUACGAAGAUUGGGGUUGUGAUGAAUUAAUCGUUGAUAUAUAA